AUGGCCUACAAUAUAAUGAUGGAGAUUCCUCCUCCACUGCUGUAUCGAGUCCAGCACCACUACAAUUCACACUACGAUAAGUUUGGCGACUUUGUCUGGCGAAGUGAGGAUGAGCUGGGUCCCAGGAAAGCCAACUUAAUACUCCGUCGGGUAGAGAAGCUCAGCCUCUACUGCCGCUCCCUGCUACGCAGCAGCCAUAUCCAGAGCCGCACCGACACCAUGGCCUACGUGCACUGCCGCAGCGAAGAGGGCCGACCCCCCGGCAGCACGUGGCACGGCUCUUUACACGACAGUCGCACCAUGUGCAUGGAGAAGCUCAUCUCUGUUCAGCGCAACACUUAUGGUAACACCAAACUCCGAUGA